AUGGCUUCUCACGAGUAUAAAGAUGGGAGCCCCGAGCCUGUCUCGGGUGCCCUUGGGGGUGCCAGUGCAGAUAUUACAGUUGAGAAGCUCGAUCUACCUUCUGCGGACUCAAUCCUCUCAGCCCUCGAAGGAGGUCCUGCUUCAGCUACUUCCACAGAGAAACGAGAGGAAAUCACGCCCGAAGAAGAAGACCAAAUGUUUCGUGCUUUGCAAGAGGUCCUCGACCAUGCGAGCGAUGCAGAGAGCUUCGAUCUCCAGAAACUACGCGACUCUCUCGAAACUGCUGACUCUGGACAGCGUAGCCCCCAGCUUCUGGGAGACGUUCCUUCUAUUCUCGACAAGUUGUGGCGGAGUAGAUCCAAAUAUAUGCCCAGAGCGGUGGAAGCCCUGGCAAAUGGCAGCCGAGAGCCGUCAUGGAGAUCAGCUUUCGGACAGUCAGGAGUUCUAGAGUUUUUUCUGCAACUGGUUGCAACACCGGAGGAAGUAGAGGAACAAGUUUUGUUUCAUUCUCUGAGACUAAUCGGAAAUUCCUGCGCUGAUACCGAUGAAAACCGGGAGAUUGUUGUAUCGAAGAACAGCACCCUGCCUAUAAUUCGGUUGAUUCUCAAUCCGGGUUUGGUACACGUCGUCAUUCCUGUCAUCUACAAUAUCUGUAUGGAUUUUGAACCGGCUCAGAGUCAAGUAGCAGCAAACCGGCUUGGAUAUAUUCUGCUCAAGUUGAUUUCCGACGGAGCCAUUGAAGGAAAUGCCCUACUCAACUUUGCAUAUGAACUUGUCUCAAUAACCGCAGAAAAAGAGGAUGGAAUUGCCAACUCUCCCGAUGGUACCAUCAUCCUCAUCAUGGACUUGGCUGUAAACAAAGACACCACCUUUGCACAGUUUGCCUGUCUAGUGGAGUGCCUGUCUAGAUACCUACAAAAUGAACGCUUUCAGAAUGCAUGCGUUCAACACGGGCUGGUCGAGAAAUUGCUGUCUGUUCUCCGUCAUUCAUACGAUAUCAAUGAUGUGGAUGAGUCGUCGAGUGAAGACGUCAAGCUUCUUGCUCAGACGCAGCUGAAACUAAAUCAAACCAUUUCCAAUGUAUCCGCUGUUUCGGAAUUCGCAGAGGUCUAUCCUGUAGGGUCAUCCCUAUUCAACAGUCUCAAAUCAUGGAUGGCCGAGCCGGAAGACCAAUUGCAAAUAUGUGCAUGUGUCAUUCUUGGGAAUUUGGCAAGAUCGGAUGAAGUGUGCAGGUUAAUGAUAAGUGAACUGGAUAUUCACCGAUCUUUAAUAGCCAUGCUGAAGCAGAAUAAUAAUGCACGGGGGAGUGUACUGCACGCGGCCCUUGGCUUCUUGAAGAACCUGGCAAUUUUAGAAGAAAACCGUGGGAAAUUGGGGGAAGCCGACAUCAUCCCCACCGUGUCACACCUAUGGACAUCUGACACGAUUCCUCAGGUACAGCUUGCCGCUGUAAGCCUCAUCCGUUUGGUUAUAAACUCAUCUGUUGAGAACAUCGGUCGACUUCUUGCGCCUCUGUCGCCCGACCCGGAUUCGCCUGCGCACUUGCGCACCUAUCUAUCACUUCUGUUGUCCCUUCUUGGUAGGACCGAUAGUACACCAAUAAAAACAGAAAUUGGCCGCAUAGUGGCCUCUAUUUGCCGGACUCUUGGAGCUCGCUCUAGGGAGGAUGGCAGCAGUGAAGAAGUCACGGAUCUAUUUGACCGGUUAUUUGAUCUCCAUGAAGAUGUUGCGCGCCCUGUCGACGCCAUGGUUACUCAGACAGAAUGGCCUGUGGUGCGCAGCGAAGGCUGGUUUGCUCUGGCUUUAAUGGCGUCUCAUACCAAAGGAUCGCUGGCUGUUGCGGAUCGUCUCUACAAUACCGAUGUCUACCAAUUAGUGGAAGAGACGCUCGAAGGGGAUAUCUCGGGGACAGACAAUGCCAGUAUUCAAAAGACCAAGGAUCGUGAGAAUCUGGUGGUCAUGAUCAAGGAAUUACUGGAUAACAACCCCGAUACCCUAUCCGAAGCUCGCAAAGCUAGACUUAAAGAGCUCGUGAACAAUGCCGUGACAGAUUCAUUACGCACGGCUUCAUGA